GAGGAGGAGCACACCGAUGACCAUGACGAUCCAGAAUGCCAGCCCUUAACUUCUUACUGUGAACUCAUGAAGCAGGCUCCCUUCAAUGCCUGCAAUGAUAAAAUUGACCCAACGCCCUACAUCACUGCCUGCACAAACAUUUUGUGCCACUACCCGGAGGUGGACGGUCACAAAUGCCAGUUUUUCGAGGCUUACGCCAAGUCCUGCAAGCUGAAACACAGAAUAACAGUGGACUGGAGUUCAACGGACGGCUGCUCUGCCGAGCCUCGGCCCUGUCUUGACCACUACUGCAGUGAAGACGAGUUCUGCGGCGAGAAGCCAGGUGGAACCCGGUGCUUCUGUCGGGCUUUGUUUGCCUCCAAUUACCCAGACACUUUAGGUGAUCCGACUGUCUGCAAGCAGAACUCUGCUACUCUUACUCUGGCAAACUGUCUGCUGGAAGACAAAGGCGUCAACUACAAAGUCUUGCACCUCAACGACAAAGAGUGCAAAGGUGACUUUGAUUCCAACAGCCACAUGGUGACCUUCUACUUUGACACCAGCAAGAGAACCUGUGGAGCGGAGGUCAAGGAAGAAGAUGGCAAAGUUUCCUUCACCAAUGUUAUCAUGGCAAACGAUGGCUCCAAUGAAGUCAUCGUCCGCCACGACCAAGUACAUAUCGACUUCUCUUGCUUCUACAAAAAGCCAGAGAUCAAGGACGUGACCUUCAAGCUCGCAGACAGCUCUGUGAUCAAGACCAUUGAAUCUGGAGAGUGGACUUACACACUGGUGAUGAAUACCUACACCGACGCUCUCCACCUGCACCUCAUCGAUACAGACACGAAGGUCCAGCUGAACCAGAAGAUCUGGGUGGUGCUGAAGACGGAGGGGCUGGAAGACAGCAAGAUCGCCCUGGUGACCAAAUCCUGCUGGGCAACCAGCGAGCACUCAGCUGAUGAUGACCCACGAUACAACCUCAUCACGAAUGGAUGUCCUGAUGACUCGACAGUUAAGGUGUACGAAAGCGGACGGGGAUUGUCUUCCUCCUUCUCUUUCGACAUGUUCCAGUUCACUGGGAAAGAUGGCGAGAUCUACCUAAACUGCCAAGUGGAGCUGUGCCCCUCAGAGGACAACAACUGUGUUCCGGAGUGUGACAACGAAAAAAGGAGGCGUAGAUCUUUAAGGUCUAAAUAUGCAGCUAGAAACUCAGCCCUCAUCACUAUGGCCUGGAAUAAGUAAAGACGGCUCUCCUUCUGAUGGACUACACAGUGAUUCCUGACUUAAGCUUCGUCCCAAUAAAGAGCCUGAAGUCUCAGAAGUUAUCGUUGCUGUGAAACAGCGCCAGAUAAUCUUCAUUUGAUCCACCUGAGACGGCGUUUAUUAUCUCUGCAGAAUCCGUGGGCUGCUGAUUCGAUCCACUGAUCCAUGCAUAUAUAAUCUGUGGUGAAAUAAAUACGAAAAUAAUCACUGAAGGGUUUAGAGAGUUUUAAAUAGUCCUUGCACUACUUCCUGGUGCUGUGGCUUCUUUUAAAUUAUAGUAGUAAAGUGUGCACUGGGGAAGAGAAAUAAUCAAAGGCAGUGUUAGAGGAAUUUAUUUAGUUCUUCCACUACUUCCUGGUACUUUUCUUUUUAAAAAUACGCUACCAUUUAAAAGUUUGAUAAUCAAUAUUGUAACGGAGAUGAACUAACAUUAGUUACAUUCGAGAUAGUUUGGGCUCUAAAAAAAGAAGAAGUCCGAAGUCAAGAUUAACGAGUACCAGGCAUGGAUGUAUUAAGAGACCGAGAUACAGCAUUGGCGUCGGGCACCGAUUGUUCCUUUUAAAGUUGCUUAGUUGCACACGAAGCCAAAAAAGCUCCAUUGCUCUUGUAUGAAAUUACUCACAUGAUUGACACUGAUUCCGCCAACUUCCGUUGGCUGAGCAGCUGAUUUAGCGCAGUGCUAAUUUGAAUAGGUGUGAAAUAAUUUAAUCUUACGGGUCUUUUAGACUUGUUGGGGGUUGCGACACUUUUAACAACUGUAUGCACUGAUUUAUAGACGCCACUUUUCAAAUGUAAGUUUAUGAGAAAAAGUAUUUUGGGCCCAAUGGCAUCACAUGACGGACCCCGGAAAUUGCACUACCACUGAUUCACCACCAUGAAAAUUGUCUUCAAAGCCCAGAGCACUUCCUGGGGGGCCCAAGUCUUUAUCUUCAAGUUUCAAGUCGUACUAUGUUCGCUAAAUGUUUUGUCAUUUUAACAAGAGAUAAAAAUAUAUCAAGUGUACAAAACAAUUAUGGAUGCUUUUAAAAAAUGUAAACGUUACCUUGCUGUUUAGCUAGCGCUAGCUAAGCAUUAGCUUGCCAACUAUGUUAAUAUUUGUCUUGUGCGACUUCAAAUGUAUCCAACACAUUUUGCAUCCUGCAAUUUGUUUAUUUGUUGACCACCAUAUAGUUUUUGUUCGCAAAUUAAAAUUAUCUUUGGUAUCAUCAGUUCAAAA